UCAUCCGAAAGGAACGCACCCUUAAUAGAGGAGAUACUGAGAAACAAUUUUCACAUGCUAGAAAUGCUGAGGUUUUGCUUAGUUCUUAAAAAGUAAGGUGAUCAGCAUCAUCAGACAGGACCUUCUCCAGAAAAGUAAUCAGGUAUUAGAUUCAUUGCCUGAUUCCAACUUGCCAGAAUGUAGAUCCACAUUUGACUGCUUCACAUUUGUUACUUGUGAUGAGUCGUCUUCACUGUUUAAGAAGAUUGCUACCAAGUCUUUCAGUGUUGACCCAAUCUCUGCCAAUGUUCUGAUGAGUUGCUUUGAUAAACUCGUUUCUGUGAUUACAAAAAUAGUGAAUGCUUCAUUGAGGUGCAGUAUAAAGUACCUGAUUGCCUGAAGUCUGCUGUCUUAGUACAGGUCUUAAAAAACCGUCUUUAGAGACUAUUUAAGGAUCAGGGUGUCCAGUUCAUAUUUUUUCCUAUUUUUUGAGCCUAUUCCUAUUUUCUCCUAUUUUUACAGCUGUAAACUAAAACCUCCUAUUUUUCCUACUUUUUAGCUGGUGAAGCCAAAAUUUGUAACCAAAUUGAAAAUGGAAUUAUAGUUAUUUGUGUUUUUGGGUGAGAUUUAUCAUAAAGCAAGUUAAGUAUUUUUGACUUUGAUGUUCUAAUAAUUAUCAGCAAAAAUAAUAGUUACGUUUGUUCUUUCCAUGACCUCUAGUACCUAUUAGAGUUCUUUUAACAACUUUGUUUUAUUGUUACUCUUUGUGCAAUUUUCUAGUGCACCUACAUGUAUUGUAUGUCAACGUGUUAUAGUUCUCAUGACUAUUGAACAAUAAUAUCGUGCAUAGCCUACUGCAACUGCAUUUCAGUAUGUACAUGUUCUUGCGCACUUUUAUUUUCAUCUUUUAAUGAGACAACAGGAUCAAGUUGUCCUCUCACAAUACAGGGCAGACAAAUCAUCCAAUCAGCUCCAGUCACUAUAACUGAUUCUGGAUGCUACAUGAAAAAACAAACUUAAGGCUACUAUACCUAAACAACUGAAGAAGGAUCCAACAUUUUGGUUCCGAAACCGGUCUUGCAGUAAUAGCUAAGCAGAGUGUUAUGUUCUUAGAAUUUAACCAUGACACACUUACAAUCUGGUACCAAAUAGAUCAGUGUCAUUUUGCAUACACUGCUUUAAAACAUUACUGAUCAUUUCCACUCCUUCUUACAUGUACCUGUGAAAGUUGAUCUACAGUAAAUCCUGCAAACAUAGCUUUUAUUACAACCCUGAUGGGGUACAGUGAGUCUAUCUUUGUCGACAAAAGUACUAUUGAUUUUCCUAUUCCUAAAGUUUCCUAGUUUCUCAAUCCUGAAUUUCCUAUUUUCCUAUUUUUUUGAGCAACCAUGCCGCUGGACACCCUAACGGAUUUUAGCAGCUUUCCCUAUUUCCAACUUAAAAUUUGUUGCUGAGGCAAUCAAGAAAGUAGUGGCUUUUAAGACCUGCCAAUUUAUAUCUGACAGCAACUCAGAGGAGUUACACGUAUACCAAUUCGCUUACAACCCAAUCAUGCACUCAUCAACAAGGCUGUGCUCUAAGAAAAAUUGAAGGUAGCCCAGUGCUCUGAACUUGUGAAAUCCAGUGUGCCCAGCAUAUGAUUUCUAUGAAAGCAAAGAUUUUCUAGGCGCCCAAGAACAAAAGUUUGGGGGCACUGGGUUCUGGUAGAGCACAGUCUUGAUCAAAGUUUAUGAUGACAUCGUUAGGGCCUUGGAUAAUCAGAACAAGUGAUACUCUUGUUACUAGUAAGACCUAUCAGCGGUUUUGAUACAGUUGAUCAUAACAUCCUGCUGUCACUUUUGAAAUCAAGAUUCAGAAUCAAUGGCAUUGCUCUUGACUGGUUCAGGUCCUAUCUUCCCAACAGGACUUACACUGUCACUGUUCCGGGUGGUCGGUCUACUGACAGGGUGUUCAUUAGGCAUUGGAGAUCUUUAAAUUCUCCAUUAACUACGCAGGAUUCUCUAGCAAAUUUUUGGUAGCCUAUGACUAUUUUUUAUUCAGACAUGAAGUCUCUUUCAAAAUAUUCUCCUGUAAUGUUACACAUUUCCCCUGCUACCAGAAUUCUUAGUGAAAACUGACCGGUGUGCCACAAGGGAAUGUCCUGGGGCCUAUAUUAUUCUCUAUGUAUACUUCACCUUUUGGAAAUUUCAUUAGGCUACAUUGGCCUGAGUCACCAUCUGUAUGCGGAUGACACCCAGCUCUAUGUCACUCUGUCCCUCAAGGUUCUGUUUAAGGACCAGUGUUAUUAAUUCUCUCUAUAAUUAUUUAUCCAUUUACCAAGUAAAACUUGCAUGGGAGACCAGGUCGAGAUGGUUGUCAAAGCACACUGUGGUACUGUUUUUCAACAUUGAGACAAAUUCAUCCCCCAAAACAGUCUCACAAUACACUUUGACCACCAUCUCGACCUAGUCUUCUGUGCAACCUCAAACUGGCGAAUUGGAAGAUGUAAUUAAUUUGGCUCACAGUUUAAAUGCAUUGAUGUACGCCGAUGAGUCUCAGCUUAACAGCAUUAUUAUAAGACAAAGCAAUCGUGCUACAGCAAUACAGGAUCUUACGCUUUGUAUCCACAUGCUUAAAUGUACAAGUCAUUCAAUUCUCCUCUCGCUUUUCACCGGCCAAUUCAGUUCCUACUAUCAAGGUUGGAGAUUGCUCAGUUACUCCACGUAGUAAAGUCGAAGACCUUGGGGGCAAACUUGUUUGCCAUCUCACUUUUAAAAUUCACAUGAACAUUUGUUGCUCCGCUUCACAUUCUAUUCACCACAUCAGAAAAAUUAUGAAAUUUCUAUCCAGAUCUGCUAAGGAACGUGCUGUCUUAACGUGCUGUCUGGUUUCUGCAGCAGCAUUCUUCACGGCCUUCCCUCCUACGAGUUAAAGAAAUUACCACGGUUGUCUUAGUUUUUGAUAAUUCUGGUUGUUGUAACUUAUAAAGCAGGUUUAAUGUGUCUCAGUGAAGCACUAUAGAGCAUUCUUUUGCAUUGGAUCAUGUAGUGCUGUAUAAGAAAAUAAUUAUUAUUGUUAUUAUAAUUAUUAUUAAAAUAAUUGAAGGGAGCACAGCUGUGCCCUGAAUUGGCAACAUCCAGCAUGCCCAGCAUUUAUGAUUUCUAUGAAAAAAACUGAGAUUUUCUAUGGUCACCCAGGGGCUAAAGGUCCUAGGCAUUAGGAGUCACAGGGGCUCCACUUGAGCACAGCCUUGAUACCCUCAUACAUGACUUUUAAGUGUUUCAACCAGCUCUGUUUCUGAUUUAUAGAGAAAAAAUGUCAUUGGAUGAUUCAGGAUAUGAUUCGCCGUCUCUGAAAAAGAGCCAAUCACGGCAUAUGGCUGCUUCAGCAGAUAAGUGUUUGGGAGAAGAUGACAGCAAGAAUGUGAGGUAAAUUUAAUCAAGAAAAAAGAGGUUUCUGUUAUAGCCUCACUUACAGCCAUCUCUUCUUAUGUCUUUCAAAAUUUUGUACACAAUAAUCUACAAGUUCCAUAAACUUCAGUUUAACUUGCUAUUGUAGAAACAUUAAUCAUUUCCAUGUAAAAUUAAUGUAAUAGAAAGCAACAGCUAGAUAACCGGAAGUUUAUUCCUGAGCCGGUGACAAUUGUUUUAAAGAAAACAUUCGCUUAAGCCGUGAGAAAAAUCAUUUGGCUGACCGUAGAUAAAAGAUGAUCAAUGCAAACAAUAAUACUUGUUUUGAAACACAGGUAACAGUAAAAUAACUGAUUGCUUGUUCAACAGAGAAGCUGUUAUUUCUUAAUAACUCACCAAUCUUACUCAGACCCCCUGGAAAAAAAAUCUGCCUCCUUUUGGACCCCCCACUCCCUCCUCCUCUCGGAAUUUAUGUUGCCCGUCGUAGCGGGGGGAGGGGGGGGGGAAUUAUGGAUAUUUCUGGAACUACUCAUUAUAACUGCGAGUGAGUAAUAGCAUUAUUAUGGUACAUACAAGGGCAUAUGCGCCUCUUAUUCUUAAGUAACCUUCUGACCCCAAGUUUCUUUUUCCUUUCUUAGCACUGUGGUUGAGACCAAGGUGUACAAUGUAAAGUUUUCUGGCCAUGGAGACCAUCCUAAAACCCUGCCUUGCCAAUCGUCAGGCCAAGAAAGCAUUCUUGACAUGAUUAAAAGAAAAAUACGGAUGCCAGAUGUUAAAACAAACCUAAAUCCUGAUUCUCUGAGCUUCUUUCUUUUUAAGACUGCCAACAAUGACUGCCUUAAUGUCGGUAAGCGUGUGGGUGCUUUAUCUGAUAAAGAGACCUAUACAUGUGAAUUUAGACAAAAAAAUUCCCAUCAGGUCACUAAGUAUAUGCGCACAUAUGAUGUGAAUGAGUGCACUUCCAACAGGAAUAUGGGACAUUUCUUUGUGUCAUUAAAUGACAUUGCAGCCGGAGUUACCCCUUUCAAAAACAAAAUCCGUACGGACCCAAACAUGAGAUUACAGGUUGAUUUUAACGAAGAUGAGUCAAUUUUAGAAGCCUUGAGGAAAGACGGAAGAUUUUAUGGUGAAAAGCUAGGAUCCUGCGGAGUACAUUGUGAUCGAAAACCGUACCCUCUGUCGUAUUCGGCUGCUCAUUGCCAGAACGAGACUGUUCAGAUUUAUUGCCUCUCAAAGAAAAAAAACGGUUUACCCCAAACCGUUCCACCCCGGCCUCAUCCAGACCCACGUAAGACCAUAGCUGAAGCAGAACCAAUCAAAGCCAAGAAAGAUGAGGAUUAUGUUGUCACAGCAGGACCAAGCACAGCGGGGCUGCCACCUGAUUCAAGCACUCCGGGACCAACAACAAGCCAAUCUCCAGCAAGUGUUCCUGGUACCUUAGCACAGUUGAUCGAGAAGGCAUUCGUCCAAACUAAAACUCUCGAUAGCGAAUUAAAACAGCAACUAGUCGAGGAAUGUGACGUGAAAUUUCGUAACUUUGCCUUGAAGGCAAACUUCAGUAUGUCCGCAUCCCAACAAAGAGACCUCACUAAGACACUUGAUGCAGUUGGAGCUAUUUUCUUAGUGAAUACUGCAGGGUACCCUAAGUCGGUUGGCACCUGUUUUGGAACAGGCACACAGUACAUUAUGACAAAUUGGCAUGUGUAUGAUUUUAUUAAGGCUGAUUUGAAAUAUGGCGCUUUUGUUGAUUUCAACUUUGAAAAAGGUCCUUCCUCAGACCAAAGAUAUAAGCUGGACUUCCUUCUAUUGAGUAGUGUGAAAAUGGAUUUUGCAAUCUUGAAGUUGAAAGAGCGAAGUGACAAGUUGCCGUCUCCUUGCAUUUUCUCCACUGGCGCGACUAUUAUGGACCCCCGUGACUCUCCCUGGUCUUCGCUGGAAGGUCAGUGUCUCCACCUAAUUGGACACCCAAAUGGGCUGAUAAAACAGUUAGAUCUCUUUUGUCCAGUGAUUACAGCUCCACAGGACAGCUCUGCAUUUUAUUUCUACGCGUUAAAGAGGGGAGGGACAAAUGUGGAAGCAUGUAACGCCUAUUUUGACUCGAAAGAUCCAAAUCGAGGAAUGUACCAAGUCAGUAGCUUUUUUGAAGGUUCAUCUGGCUCCCCCGGGAUCCUUUUUCGGUAUGGUGAAAAACUGUUGGUUGUUCUCCAUACAAGGGGGUUAUACCUUGAGGAUCCAGACAAGACCUCCAUUGAACAAGGUGUUCAAUUUACAGAAAUAGUGAAGUAUGUUGAUGAAUGCAUUCAGUUGGCACAGGAAGACCGAAGUGGCCAGGGGAAUAGAUUGAAGGGUGUUAGGCUAACUGACAUCUUCCCUGGGGUUAACAAUUUGUCAAGUUGCCCAAUGGACAUUGACAAUUAG